UACACAAUCACAAAAACAUCAAAUCUUUUUAAGUACUCCUCUCAUCCUCACCUCAAAACCCAAAAAUCCUACACCUCUAAAAAUAAUUGGAGCUGCCUCUCAGUGACCCCCAAGGCAGGCAAAUGGCAACCAUGGCAACUACCUCCAGUGUUGCAGCAGGCCUGGCAUCUCCUCUCCCUCUCGUCCGCCGUUCUUCAAAGCCUACUCUCACUUCCGGAUUCACAAGGCCUCAGGUGGCCUCAAGAAGCCCUCUCAAUCUGAAGUUGGCUUCGGGUGGAAGGUUCACCUGCUUUGAGAGGGAUUGGCUUCGCACCGAUCUCAAUGUGAUUGGAUUUGGGUUGAUUGGGUGGCUUGCACCGUCGAGUGUUCCGGUGAUCAACGGCAACAGCUUGACAGGGCUCUUCUUCCAGAGCAUCGGCGCCGAGCUCGCUCACUGGCCCACUGGUCCAGCCCUCACAUCUCAGUUCUGGUUGUGGAUGGUCUUAUGGCACGUGGGGCUGUUCCUUUGCCUCACUUUCGGCCAGAUUGGUUUCAAGGGAAGGUCCGAGGAAUACUUCUAGAAGACUCGACCCACGGCUACUCAGGCUCUGUGUACUAUUGUGUAUAUCACGGCUUGUCAUGUUCUCUGAUCUGCGUUUUAUGUAUCACAGUGCAAUGUUGGUCUUUAAAUUAUUUGGCUCAGAAACUGCGAUAACUUAUUAGAUUGCAACUGUUCAAGUCCCACAAA